AGCCAGUGGUGUAGACCCCAGUGUAAUAAGACUGAUGACCGGGAGAAAACUCAACUAGUAAACAGACGAUAUUUAAAAACAGCCUGGUGUCUACAAAUAAAAGCGUCUGAGUUAGAGCGUAGGGUGCUGCUCUCCCCAGUCCAUGCGAUGCCUUCUGUUGAUCAGCCGGAGGACUCUGAAUGCCACUUCCUGGCAGAUGAGAGGGUGUGUAAAAACCCCAGCGUUCUAAAGGAGGCCUGCAUUGACCUGUCAGAGGCUGUACAGGAUAAGAGCCCAGUCCACUCAGUCACAGAGAAAUCUGAAUCCCAGGUGGAUCCCACUGUAGUGGGCCCGAUCAUCGUCAACAGGGUCCACCCAGCCAGCUUGAAACAGCACGUCACCAAAGUCUUUCACUCACUGGGAGACAACCAGCCCAAUGCGGCUGCCAACUUUCAUUACGACCAGUUCUUUGAGGUGAAGAUUGGCCCCAGGGAGACGUUAGAGAAGCAUGGGGCAGGGGCAGGGGGGACUCGGAACAUUUCAGGGACCAAUAAGUUCCACGUGGACCUGGAGAACGAGCAGGCCGAACUGCAUGGCAAAGACGUUUCACUGCUCUUCACUUCCUGCUUUGUGGCCAACGACUCUACACUGUUCCCUCUGGCUAAGAUGAUGCCAGAUUGUGAGAUCUACUCUGAUGCAGGGAACCAUGCUUCGAUGAUCCAGGGGAAGGCAUUCGGUUGUGUGGGUGGCUACAUAGCAGGUACCAACGCUCGGGUUGACACGGUGGACACUCAAGCGGCUGGCUUCAUCUUCACCAUGUCCCUGCCCCCCAUGCUUUUGGCCGGGGCCCGGGAAUCCAUCCAGAUCCUAAAAGGGGAGGAGGGCUGCGUGCUGCGCAGGAAACACCAGAGGAACGUCAGGCUGCUGCGACAGAUGCUGAUGGAUUCGGGCCUGCCCGUGGUCCAAUGCCCCAGCCACAUCAUCCCAGUCCUGGUCUCCGAUGCAGCCAAGAACACCGAGGUGGGUGACGUCAUGAAGUCUCGCUACAACAUCUAUGUCCAGGCCAUCAAUUACCCGACAGUCGCCCAGGGAGGAGAGGUCCUCCGCAUCGCACCCCCCCACACCCCACACCACACACCCCGGAUGAUGCAGUACUUGGUCGGUGAGCACAUUCACCCGCCAGUAGUUUUAAAUCUCAACCCAUUGUAAACAUUUGGGAACGUUUAGCUUGCGAUUUUGUUUUUUGAUCAGCUGUUAUGAAUUUGCAAUCUAUGUAAAAAUAUAUAUAUAAUAAGAGGUCAGGUUGUACAGGUAAAACUAUAUUUGUCUUAGCACUGGAUAUUGAUAAACAAUAACUAUGCUGUGUCUAACUUGUCUUUCUCACUCCUAUGUACUCUGCACUACUACACCUCACUAGAGUGAUUCAGCAAAUCAGAAACCAAUGUGAGAUCACACUUCUAAGGAACUAGUCUCUCUACAUGUCUGUUAUUUUCCUUUCAGAAACAUUUUUGUCAUAGGGUGUAUAGUGAAUCCUGAGGGCUAACAUGUCAUUUCCAUGUGUAUAUUACAAGCGUGCAUAUUCCUAUGACCACAUGAGUUCUUUCGUCCCUCCUGGGGGGUCAUUUUGGAUGUAUUAUCAAAGUCUGUGAGCAUCAUUCUCAUAGUAACUAAAUAUUACAGCGUGGUCUAGCCAUGUCUGUGCAUGCUCUUCAACAUGCAUUGCUUUUUUCCACCAGAGGGAGAAGCAGUGUACCCUUUGUCAAAUGGUUAGGUUGUCCACUGUGUGUGCAGCAACUGCAGUUUGACACCAGCUUUUAAAUGAGAUAAUGUAAAGUAUCUUUGAUUUGAAGCUAUACUUUAAAGACAUACCAUACCAUGUACAAUGUGUUGUCAUGAUCUACAAUUAAUGUAUAUAGUUCUGUAAUGAUUAUAUAAAUGUGUCAUAACAGAAACAAUUAAGAAACGUUCCUUUGGCAGACAGAAGUGACCAUAUUUUCGAGUGCAGGAUUGUAGCUGUUCAACGAUGUGGGCAAAUUAUAUGGGUUAACAUCUUUCAACCACGUGCCAGACGCCCUGAUCUGCAAUGUGUCACAUCAGUGAAGAGUAAAAAAAACGCGUCUCCUGUUAUUUAUGACGGUUACCUAUUAACAUAUGCACACAAAAAGAGCUUGUCCACGAAGGGGGUGCGUGUGGGGGAUCAAAGACGUGCUGUCAAAUGGGAAAGCCGCGAUCCUGCGAAUCAAAGAUACAUAUUUCCGGUCGUUUCUGUGAGAGCGGGGGAGAUUUACCAUGAGCUCACGUUCUGAGAGUAUUAUGUAAUUGAAAUGCUUUGACAACAGGUGACUGGCAUCACUCAGGCAAAGCUCUGCGUGUUUGAUGUUAAUUAGGUUAUCGUGCUUCUGCAGCAGAGACAACGUGUAUGUCCUUUUAAAAUGAUUUAGGGUAUUGUUUCAAAUGUUGGGUAUGGGUCGUAGAACAGCAGUCAUCUGGCUACAAUAC